AUGGACUACAUCCAGGGAUUGAACGAGGAGAAUGAAACGGCGAGUGAACGAAUUGGAGAGGCUUUAAAAGAAGCUCGAGAUGCGGAGACUAUCGAAAAGAAACUUCUUUCUCUUUCUACAGCAAUGCAUCUGCUCAUCGACCCGAGUCUCUCAAUCAGUAUUCUCGACAAUUUUCUAACCGAAAUGCUGGAAUUCGCAGAGCUGAACGACUCAAGGAUUCUAUGCCUUCUCGUCGAUUUUCUUCUCAAAGCAAGCGCUAAAGACUUCACGUUAUGUAACAAAACUGUCGAAAGAUAUAGUUUUUAUCUUAUUCCCAAUAAGUCUAUUAAACGAUAUGAAAGUGUUAUAAAACGAGUUGUCGUUGCAUCAACAAACUUAUAUCCGAUCGUUCUUGAAUUCGCAAUCAUGGAUAAAAAUGACAACGCGGAGAGCUGCUGGGAUGCUUUUAAUUUGCUCAAGAAUCGAAUUUGUAUGCUGGUUAGCGAUGAUCACGAAGGAGUCCGAACUGUUACCGUAAAGUUUCUGGAAGCUCUUAUUUUGUGUCAAUCUCCAAAGCCAAGAGAGUUGGCCACUGGUAGCAACAUAAGCUGGGCAAGAGAGGCAAAUACUAGAUUCAAUAGGAUUUCUCUAUCAGAUGUUCCACGAAGUCAUAGAUUCCUAUCCUAUCAUAAAACCCAGUUGGAAGCCGAGGAGAAUUUCAGUGCUUUACUAAAGCAAACAACAGUCGCGGAAGCAACAUCACAAAAUCUUAUAACAGUAAUUGAAUCACUCUGUAUGAUUACUCGUUGUCGACCUCAAUGGGAGAAUGCGUUGCCACGUGUCUUCGAUGUUAUAAAAGCUCUUCAUUCAAAUGUACCACCAAUGCUCAGCAAGGGACAAGUCAAAUUUCUGAGAAAAUCAUUCAAAUAUAAUUUGCUACGUUUUUUGAAAUUGCCUGCAUCUGUUCCUCUCCAGCAAAAGAUCACCACAAUGUUAACAAACUAUCUGGGAGCUUCACCCAGAGAAGUACAACAGUCGAUUCCACCUGAACUGAUUCAAAAAAUAGCACCGCCACGGCCACCACAGCAUCCUGCAGAACCAGUUGCCAAACGUCCCAAGAUUCAAAAUCAAAUAUUCGAAGAUGAUGAUGAUGACGAUGACGAAGCAGGACCAUCCACUAGCACUGUAAAUGCAAAGGAUGCGAGAACUGAAGCCAUCGAUAUGACAGCCAAAUUUAUUAUGGAAUGCCUGAAUCAUGAAACUGUCAUGAAUCUUGUCAAGAUCUCACUCUACACUCUACCGUCAGAAAUGCCAGCUGCAUUCGCAUCAUCAUACACACCAAUAGCAAACGCUGGAACAGAACCGAAUCGUCAAGAAUUAUCAGAACUAAUGGCUGUUCAAAUGACGAACAAAGAAAUUGGACCGGGAUAUGAGUGGUUGCAGCAACAAAGGAAAAAAGAAUAUGAAGCAAGGAAUAAGGCAAGAAGUGAAGGAAUGGCAAUCGCCCAAACACCAAUCCACGAACCGAAUAUGAGCAAUCGCGUUCCAGCCCAGAUUGUCAAACAGUCACUUCAAGAAAUUAACACUCUUCCGGUCAUUCAAAAAGCGAAAAAGGCGUUCAACUUGGUAGAAGAAGCCGUUGUAUUUGACGAUAAAGAAGCUGCGGAGAUGUUUGAAUUAGCUUAUGAAUCAGUUCUUCAAGCAGAACGGCGAGUUGUUGCUGGUGGAGCAAGGUUGAUGUAUCAGAAAUUAGUUGUCCGGCUGACGACUAGAUUCUGGGAAGAUUGUACUCCAUUUGAAGAAAAGUUGAUAGAAUUCGUUUUGGCUGAUCAUAAAAAGAGAAAUGAUUUGGCGCUUCUAUGGCUCUGCGAACUUUACGCACAAUAUCAAGGCUACUCGAACUGUGCUCUCUUCAUGAAGGAAAUGAUCGCUGGACAAGAAGGACUUACCCAAGCACAAAGAUUGGAUCGAUAUGAUCAAGCAAUGUGCAAGAUGCUUGACGCAAUGUUGGAAAGAAAUAUGGAAAAAGAAGCUCUCUUUUAUAAAGUUCUACUAGAAACACCACUUUUGACUCCGAAUGCAAUUGAAAGAUUGAAGCAAGUGUGUUUGGCUAAAGAAAAUGAGCAUGGAAUGGCGAUGCUCCGUGAAUUGAUCAUGACACGAAAUCGACAACGUCCGCAACUUUUGCAAUUCCUUUUUGGCCUGUUUUUCAUGGAAAGACCGGAACUUCGUAGUUCAUGCCUAGAAGUUGUCAAGGAACUGUGUUAUCUUCCAUUUAUCAGAAGCUCCUUGAGUGAUCAGGCUAGAAUGCAAAUUCAUGAUUGUCUACAAGAAAGUCCUCCAAUGUACAUGCGAAGUUCUGAGGAUUCUGAUCAAUGGACUGAUGAAAUGUACAAGAACUCGUUGGCUGUAUACUCUACUCUGAUGCCAUCUGACCCAUUACUUCUGAUCCCGUUAGCUUCAGUCUACGCACAAUCUACCAAUGUCUUCAAGCGAGUUGUACUCCGCUCAUUGGAACCUGUAUUCCGUCAAUUGAGUCAAGAAAUGGUAAUAUCAUUAAUAGAAGAUUGUCCAUAUGGUGCUGAAACUCUUGUUGCUCGUUUAGUCGUUCUUCUAACUGAAAGAAUCACGCCGUCAACUGAUUUAAUUCAAAAACUGAAAAUUCUUCACGACGAACGAAAAAUGGAUAUUCGUGCUCUUCUACCAAUCAUAGGAGGACUUGAACGAGAAGAAGUUGUCAGACUUAUUCCAACAUUCAUUUUCCGUGCUGAAUAUCAAAAGUCAGUGAAUGUCCUAUUCCGAAAGUUAUAUACCGUCCGUGAUCCACAAACCGGAAAUCUCGUGUUCGAUCCAAUUGAAGUUAUCAAAGAGUAUCACAAGAUUGAGCCCAAAAAUGAUAAUGAAGCUGAAUUACUUGUUAACAAUCUCGAGUUCCUUUUCGAUCCAGCAUUGUUGAAGCCAGAUACCGCAUCCCAAGCUAUCGAAGCUGUUUUCAAAUGGGAAAAUGUUCCAUUUCUAUUUCUACACUCUCUUUAUACUCUUUUUCAUAAGUUCAAAACAUUCGAAUCGUUCGUCGCAAAUCUGUUCUACAAAGUAACUGAAAAGAAGAUGUAUCAACAAUCGGAUCGAUGGAAGCAGGCAUUUUUCAAAUGUAUCAAAGAAUUGAAAACCAAAGCGUAUCCAGCGGUUAUCACAUUUUUGAGUUUUGAAGAAUACGAAGAGCUAAAGGAAGUUUUAGGAGAUGGAAUUGUCGCAGAAUUCAAAAUAAUUUAUUCAACACUUGCAACACAACAGCAGAAGAAUAUGGACGAGAAAAUCAAAGAGGAGUUGCAUGAUAAAGAACGAGAAAAUCGUGAACGAGAUAAGCGACUUCGAAGAGAAGAGAAAAAGGAAAAGGAAAGAGAAAAGGAACGAACUCGCGAAAGUGGAAAGGAAAGAAGUUCCCGACGAUAAUCACCGGAAAACAAUUCGCCAGCAUCCCGAUGAUCUCAUUUUGGUUUAAUUUAUAAUUUAUCGAGAAUUCUUGUUAAUAACGUGCUUAUUUUUUUUCUUUUAAUCAUUUCAUGGUUUUGCUCCAAUUUUUUCAUACAAUAUCAAAUUGUUUCCGAUUGUUUUUUUCUUUUCAGUGUAAACUCAAAGUAGAUAAAUUUCAUUAUUUUUUAAAAAA